CACGCCCCCGCAUUGACGUUUCGGUCUCAAACACACGUACACACACCCACGCUCCUCCUUGAAAGUGAACCCGGAUGUGUCGGGACAUUCAGCACUGUGUCGCCGUGGCACCCAGGACAUCAGUUACUUGCUGAGCCUUCAUGAUGAUGCGAGCAGGAGGACUUUUGAAACUCGCUGUGCUGGUUUCUAUUUCCUUUCUGGCUGUGUUCCUGGCCUUUGAGCUAUUACAGAGUAAUAUGAAUCUUAAUAUGGGGAAAGUCUUUGCACGAUAUGCACCUGCAGAGACUGUCCCAACCAGGCCACCGCGCCACAAAUGCGGCCUUUCUAAAUCAUGUCCUGAGGACCAUUAUGCCUUUAAGAUCACCAGUGGAGCAGCCAGUGUAGUCGGCCCGAAAAUGUGUUUUCAGGACAAUGUAUUAAUGAGCGGAGUGAAGAACAACGUUGGACGUGGUAUAAACAUCGCAUUGCUCAACGGGAAGACUGGCGAGCUGACCAAGACUGAUUCCUUUGACAUGUGGUCUGGAGAUGUGAACCUGCUCAUCAAAUUCUUGAAGGAAAUAGAAGAUGGAAGCAUUGUCAUGAUGGCCACUUUCGAUGAUCCUGCAACAAAGCUGAAUGAAGAGGCCAGAAAUCUGAUUGCAGAUUUGGGAAGCUCAAGCAUCAGCAUACUGGGCUUCAGAGAUAACUGGGUGUUUGUUGGAGGCAAAGGGAUCAAAACAAAGAGCCCCUUUGAGCAGCACAUCAAGAACAACGCAGAGACCAACAAAUAUGAAGGCUGGCCAGAAGUUUUGGAGAUGGAAGGAUGCAUUCCUAUAAAACACGAGUGAAAUCAACUUCUCACUGUAUUUAAAAUGAUUUAGCUUUUCAUGUACAGCCUGAAAAAGAUUGAAGAACUCACAAUUGAACAUAUGCAAUUGUGGUUUUGUUUGAUUGGCAUUGUCAAUGACGAAAGUAAGAGUAGAAUAGACUUUAAAUUUGAAGUCUUAAAUCUUACCAUUAGAGCUCCUGAGUGUUUGCCACUCUGUAUAUGUAUUUAUUUAACAGGGUUCCCACUCUUUUUGAAUUUCCACUACUUCCAUUACAUAAUCACUAGAUAAGGAUUUUUAAACUCAUUUUAAAUGGAUUUAACUCACAAAGAGCAUUAUGUUGCAAUGUUUUCAAAAAAAAAAAAAUAUAUAAAAAUAUAUAUUUACUAUAGAAAUCUCCACAACUUUAAAGUAAUUGUUGUGAAUUUUUCCAGCCCUGAAAAUUGUAAAUUGCUUGUGGGAAGCAGGAUUUGUAGGUUUUAUUGUUCUAACUGGUCCAUAAAACAGCAAGUUUUCUGCCAUUUGCAAGGCUCCAGUGUCAUAAGGAGAUGAUCAGAUUUACUUUGUUGUCUUGUGUACUGCUUUUUUUUUUUUUUCCCAAAAAAAAUUAGGUAGGGGUUUGCUCUUUUUUUUCUUUCUUUUAUUUAUCACUGCACUAUGACACUCUAAAUGUUGAUCAGAUUGUAUUGAAGAUAAAUGGAUGAGGGCUGCUGUUACCAAAAUAAUGUUUUAUUUCUUUUUUGUUUGUAGUUAUAUUUAUGUUUUUUACUGGCAGCAGGAUUUUGACUGUUGGGCUUUAUUCCUGAAGGCAGAUGUUUUUUUUUCUUUUCUUUUAAAUCCUUGAAUUUUGAAACUGCCCAUAUCUCUGGUGUGAUGUGAUUGGGGGGGGGGGAUUGUAAAACUACUGUCACCAGUUGUAUGCUUUGUUGUUUUUAAUAUCUUUUGGGAAUGUUGUUACAUUUGAGGUGUUGUUGCAUUCAAACAUUUCCAUCAGUUGUGUUGGCAGUCCAUCUGGUAUCUGCAUAUUCUGAGAUUGAGUAGUACAUCUAGCAGCUGUUAAGAUGCAAUUAGUGUUCAUAUCAAGCAAUAAUAUCAUUCAAAAUAACUGCUUUCAUCCCUGAAUGUGCCUUCUGCAGUAUCAGUGGUAUGUGUUUUCCUACCAGAUCGUAAAAUGUCCAACAAUUAUUGAGGAAUUAGAAUGCAAAACCAUCAUUUCUACUUGUUAAUUUUAUAAUUCCCCGCACAAUUUUAACUAUAUACUGUGAAGUCGUGGAAUGAAACCCUUUUCUUUUGUAAGAAGCAUGUUGUGUGCCUUUUUUUCUUUUUUACCAACAAUGAUCAGAUAUGCUAAGUGAUUUUGUGUGAAAUUCUUGAUGUUGCAUGUCAUUGCCUUAAUAUGUAAAGCUGUUUUGAGGAUUUCUUUAGUGUAAAUUAAAUUUAAAUCAGAUUGUGUAUUGCGUGAUUGCAGACACUUUCCCAAUGGCUGAAAGAUUUUUUUUUUUUUUUUUUUAAAGAUGUUUCAUAUAAAAUAAGUUGAGCAAA